ACAAGCUACUUAGAAAACGUUUGCUUAAAUCAGAGAUCAAACACCAGCGCUGCAAGUCACAAGUUCCAUCUCCCAGUGAAAUGCUGCUUCUGCCAUUUCAGUUGUUAGCAGUUCUCUUCCCAGGUGGUGACAGUGAGGACGCCUUCCAGGGACCAACCUCUUUCCAUGUCAACCAGAUCUCGUCCUUUGCCAAUAGCACCUGGGCACGCAAUCAAGGAUCAGGCUGGCUGGAUGAUUUGCAGAUUCAUGGCUGGGACAGUGACUCGGGCACUGCCAUAUUCCUGAAGCCUUGGUCCAAGGGCAACAGCAGUGAUGAGGAGAUUGCUGAGGUGGUGGAGAUAUUCCGAGUCUACUUUUUUGGAUUUACUCAAGAAGUAGAGAGGCGUGCCAGUGAAUUCCAGCUGGAAUACCCGCUUGAGAUCCAGGUCAUAGCAGGCUGUGAGCUACGUGCUGGGGGUUCCAUAGGAAGCUUCUUGAGGGGAGCUAUAGGAGGAUUGGAUUUCCUGAGCUUUGGGAAAGAUACAUGUGUGCCUUCCCCAGAAGGUGGCAGCAGGGCACAGCAUGUCUGCGCACUAAUCAUGCAAUAUCAAGCUGUCAUCGAUACUGUGAACAUGCUACUCUUUGACAACUUCCCCCGAUAUCUCUUGGGCGUCCUUGAUGCAGGGAAGGCAGAGCUGCAAAGGCAAGUGAAGCCCGAGGCCUGGCUGUCCAGAGGCCCCAGUCCUGGGCCUGGCCGUCUGCUGCUGGUGUGCCACGUCUCAGGAUUCUACCCAAAGCCCGUGCGGGUGAGGUGGAUGCGGGGAGAGCAGGAGCAGCCGGGCACGCAGCACAGUGACCUCCUGCCCAAUGCUGACUGGACGUGGUAUCUCCGAGCGACCCUGGAUGUGGCGGCUGGGGAGGCAGCUGGCCUGUCCUGUCGGGUGACGCACAGCAGUCUAGAGGGCCGGGACAUCAUCCUCCUCUGGGGACACCCCAUCUCCAUUGGCUUGAUCUUUUUGGCAAUAAUUGUGCCCUCCUUGAUCGUUUUGCUGUGCCUUGCAUUAUGGUAUAUCAGGCGCCGGUCAUAUCAGGAUAUUCCUUGAGCUCUAUCCGUAUCUUUUCUCCCAUUUGGAAAUAGCACCAAGAAGUCUAGAAUACCAAGAUGCAACUCAGGAGUCAAUCUCAUCAUAUUUCAUCAAAUGAUCAUCAUAUUUUAUCAAAAUGGAGUUUUCAUAGAUUUUAAGAUAAAUUAUAACUUAAAAACCAGCCAAAAAUUAUUUCAAACUGUCAAUUUGUUACAAGACUUUAUCAGUAGUAUGAUCUAUUGUCUACAUAUUAAAACGUGAAAAAGAAUGUGUCUC